GAGGGGACUCGGUGGGGUCGGCCUGAAAACUUUCCCCUGCCAUUGGUGUUUCUGAAGGAACAGGUGGGAAGCUCUGCUGCUUUGUAAUGAUGAAAAACCCAUGGCAGGACUGAGAAGGAGUAGUGAACAUCCCUCCUACCCUGUCUUAGACCCCUCUCCUGUAACCUCCAUCUUCUGGACUGUUUCACGAGGAUAUUCAGUUACGCCGAGCAGAAAGCAAAGUAAAAACCAUUUCUCAGCUUUGACCAUGUGAGCUCUGAGGUAGCUCUCCUAGCUCUGUUGUUUUUCGGCGACGCUUUCCAGUUGCCGGUAAUGUAGUAAUUCAAGUGAUAUUAGAAGCGUUUGGUGUCAUGAUGGCCGCUGCCUCCUCGCCUGAGAAGCUGCUGCAGCUCCAGGAGGUCGACUCCAGCCGAGCUGGUAGCUGCAUUCUCUCCCCGAUCCUCGGCUCCUCUUCUCCUGGUCUGUCCCAUGAAACAAGCCAGCCCAUCUGUAUCCGCUCACCAUAUACCGACCUCGGCCAUGACUUCACCACCAUACCUUUUUACAGUCCAACUAUCUUCAGCUAUGGUGGUCCGAGCAUUUCCGAAUGCUCCUCUGUCCAUCAGUCUCUGAGCGCCUCGUUAUUUUGGCCCAGCCACGGCCGUGUGGGGACGCCCAUUACGCUGCACUGCCCCCAGGGUCGAUCCCAGGAGGGCCAGUCAGCCCAGACUCCAUGGGACAGUGUUAUAACAAUCAGAAAUCAUGACUCAAAACUGUCUGUUAGCAAGAGUGUGAGGAGGCGCUCCCAGGAGAGCGAGGAGAGCAUGGUGUCUUCAGGUGGGAAGGCAGACCUCCACUACUGUGCUGUGUGUCAUGACUAUGCUUCAGGCUACCACUAUGGAGUCUGGUCGUGUGAGGGGUGUAAGGCCUUCUUCAAGAGGAGCAUCCAAGGACACAAUGACUAUAUCUGCCCGGCAACCAAUCAGUGCACUAUAGACAAGAACCGCCGUAAGAGCUGCCAGGCAUGUCGCCUUCGCAAAUGCUAUGAAGUUGGCAUGACCAAAUGUGGUAUUCGAAAGGAGCGUGGAAACUACAGGAAUUCGCAGGCAAGGCGGCUAACCCGUCAAUCCUCACAGGGCAAAACAGCUGAACCAAAGGGCAUAACUGGACCAGCUGAAGGUUCAUUAAAUGAGCCCGAAAAACCUGCACUGACCCCAGAGCAGCUAAUUGAGCGGAUAUUGGAGGCGGAGCCGCCAGAGAUCUACCUCAUGAAGGACGCGAAGAAGCCGCUGACCGAAGCAAGCGUCAUGAUGUUGCUCACCAACCUGGCAGAUAAGGAGCUGGUUCACAUGAUUAGCUGGGCCAAGAAGAUUCCAGGGUUUGUGGAGCUUAGUCUCGUAAACCAGGUCCAUCUGUUGGAGUGCUGCUGGCUUGAGGUGUUGAUGAUUGGACUGAUGUGGAGGUCAGUGGACCAUCCAGGAAAACUCAUCUUCUGCCCUGACCUCAGCCUGAGCAGAGAAGAAGGACACUGUGUCCAGGGCUUUGUGGAGAUCUUUGACAUGCUGAUAGCUGCCACAACCAGGGUGAGAGAGCUCAAGCUGCAGAGGGAGGAGUACGUCUGCCUCAAGGUCAUGAUCCUCCUCAACUCCAACAUGUGCCUCAGUUCCUCAGACGGCAGCGAGGACCUGCAGAGCCGGUCCAAGCUGCUGCGCCUCCUGGAUGCUGUGACUGACGCUCUGGUGUUGGCCAUCGGCAAAACCGGCCUCACCUUCCGGCAGCAGUACACCCGCCUGGCUCACCUGCUCAUGCUGCUUUCACAUAUUCGUCAUGUCAGUAACAAAGGCAUGGACCACCUCCACUGCAUGAAAAUGAAGAACAUAGUGCCUCUCUAUGACCUGUUGCUGGAGAUGUUGGAUGCCCACAUCAUGCACAGCUCUCAUCUGCCUCACCAGCCUCCUCAGCAGGAGGAGGAUCAGAGUGAGGCUCCUGCUCCGCUGCACAGCUCUGCAAGCGGACCUUCAAAUACCUGGACUCCCAGUAGCGCUAGAGCCGGAGGUGAACCCCAGUAGUCAGAUCAGAAUUCCGAUGCGAAAGAAUUUUCACUGCUUUGCACAAAACUAGUUCACGGGAAUGAUGAGUAUCUUCACAGGAAUGAGAGCUGGAUUCUCUGAUCUGUCACUGGUGAAUCUUUGACACGCUGCGCACGGUUUCUGGUGAACUUUCAAUAUCUUCAAAGUUAACCACAUGGAGCACAGAUCACACUUCCAGGAUUCUUUGCUUUGCCACUAUAUUGCCAAAAGACUAAAGCAAAACAGGAACAAACUGUCAAACCUGGUCACUCAGCUGUACUCAGAUAUGUGACAGGACCAUUAAAUCAGUCAGUCAACCAAUGAAAACCCAUGCAGAAAAACAGAUCACAACUGAUUUGAUCACACCUCCCAAUGACAGUAUGUCUUUUUAAACUGAUUAAUCAGAGCCUGUACAGUUUGCUGGAACAAGCAGCUUAUGUGUAACUAAUUCCCAAAAACAAGCAGCUGCAGAAAACUCACACUUUAACUCUGAGUUAAAGAAAUCUUAUACUGUGAAACUUACAGUGCUCACUGGCGUGUUUUCUUCAACAAAUCUCAGUUUGUGUUUCGACUUUGUGUGUGCGGAUGUUUUAAUGCUUAAGUGGCUUUUCUAUACACAUGGACUUUAAUGUCGAGGCUGCAACAAAAGAUUGUCGUUACUGAUUAUUGCUGAUUACUUAAUCAGUUUAUUGUUGGGUCUAUGCAGUAAAACACUUAUGAUUUCCCCACAGACCAGGGUCACGCCUUCAUCUGCUAAGUUUUGUCCAUCCAACAGUUGCAAAUGAAAAUUUAUUUAGUCGAUGAAUUUCAAAAAUCCAUUGAUUUUUUUUAUUCUUAUAUUUAUUUUGAAGAUGUAGAUGCAUGAAUAAUAAUAAUAAAAAAAGCAGUUUG